ACCCCCCAAAAUUUUGCCUCUCUCACAAGAAAAGCAUACACAUUUCCUCCUCCUUCCUCAUAUAUUUGAAGACCAAGCCCUUUUCAUUCUUUCUCUCUCUCUCUCUCUCUCUCCCUCGCUCUCUAUCUAUCCUUACUCUGCUCUUAGGUUAAGACUUAACCCACCUUCCAUUCAGAGACAGUGCAUAGAUCCUUCUGCUUUGGGUGUUUUUGUUGUCCAAGAUAAAUGGCAUGAAGCCUAGACCCUUGAAGCCUUUCUCGUAGAAGUUUUACUUCGCAGUACUAGCUAGUACUACCCCCACCUUGUGUUCCUUUAGGGUUUUUUAUCACUAUGAGAGCUGGAGGCUGCACGGUGGAGCAAGCGCUCACACCGGAUGCUGCAAACGUUGUGAAACAAGCCAUGGGGUUGGCUAGACGAAGAGGACAUGCUCAGGUCACACCUCUCCAUGUGGCAAGUACCAUGCUCUCUGCUCCCACGGGAUUACUUAGAACAGCUUGUCUCCAAUCUCACACUCACCCUCUUCAAUGUAGAGCCCUCGAGCUCUGCUUCAACGUGGCUCUAAACCGCCUCCCGACCUCCACAGGGAGUCCUAUGUUAGGGGUUCCAACUUCCCCUUUCCCUUCUAUCUCUAACGCUCUUGGUGCAGCUUUCAAACGCGCACAAGCUCACCAGCGACGUGGAUCCAUCGAGAGCCAGCAGCAACCGAUUUUAGCAGUCAAGAUUGAGGUGGAGCAGCUCAUCAUAUCCAUCCUCGAUGAUCCUAGCGUAAGUAGAGUGAUGAGAGAAGCUGGUUUCUCAAGUCCUCAAGUGAAAAGCAAGGUCGAACAAGCUGUUUCUUUAGAGAUUUGCUCGAAAACAACCUCCUCUAGUAAACCUAAAGAGGGAAAGCUGUUAACUCCUGUUAGGAACGAGGAUGUCAUGAACGUUAUCAACAGUCUAGUCGACAAAAAGAGAAGAAAUUUCGUGAUCGUGGGAGAGUGUUUAGCUACUGUCGACGGGGUUGUGAGAUCGGUGAUGGAAAAAGUCGACAAAAAAGACGUUCCCGAGGCUUUAAAAGACGUAAAGUUUAUAACUUUAUCGUUCUCAUCGUUCGGGCAACCGAGUAGAGCCGAUGUGGAACAUAAGCUAGAGGAGCUAGAGACACUCGUGAGAAGCUGUGUAGGGAAAGGAGUGAUUCUAAAUCUGGGAGAUCUAAACUGGUUCGUAGAGUCAAGAACCAGAGGUUCUUCGGUAUAUAACAGUAACAACAACUACUGUGUUGUGGAACAUAUGAUAAUGGAGAUUGGGAAGUUGGCUCGUGGGUUAGUCAUGGGAGAUCACGGGAGGUUUUGGUUGAUGGGUCUAGCGACUUCCCAGACUUACGUAAGAUGCAAGUCUGGUCAACCCUCGCUUGAGUCCCUAUGGUGUCUCACUAGUCUUACUAUUCCGGCAACUAGUAAUAGUAGCCUCCGCUUGAGUCUCGUCUCCGAUAGUGAGGUUGAAGUCAAGAAGUCAGAGAACGUGUCUCUCCAGCUACAGCCAUCGGAACAAUUCAGCUUCUGUGAGGAAUGUUCGGUCAAGUUUGAGGUGGAAGCUCGAUUCUUAAAGUGCAGCAAUAGCAAUAGCAAUAGUAAUGUAACCACUGCAGCUUUACCGGCGUGGCUUCAGCAGUACAAGAAGGAGAAUCAAAAUAGCAACACUGAUUCAGAGUCUAUCAAGGAACUUGUAGUGAAGUGGAACUCAAUCUGUGAUUCAAUCCACAAGAGACCAUCUCUAAAAACACUCACACUCUCUUCUCCUACUUCUUCCUUUUCUGGUUCCAUUCAACCUUCGAGUACUAUGCAUCAUUAUCUUCAAACCAACGGUGAUUGGCCCGUGAUCGAGACAAACACACAUCGUCAUCAUUCCGUGGUCCCUGAGACAUCUCACUUAAGACUCUUCAUUGCAGAACAUGACAGCGAGCAGAAAACAGAGCUUGUCUGUUCGAAUCCUAAUUCAACAAUCAACUCGGCAGCCUCUUCGAGCGAUGCAAUGGAGGUGGAACAUGCCUCGUCUAGGUUUAAAGAGAUGAAUGCAGAAAAUCUAGCAACUCUAUCUGAUGCCUUGGAGAGUAAGGUACCGUGGCAAAAGGAUAUAGUCCCGGAGUUAGCGAAAACAAUAUUGAAAUGCAGGUCAGGAUCAAGUACGAGGAAGAUCAACGGAAACGAUGAUAUAAAAGAAGAGACAUGGAUGUUCUUCCAAGGUCUUGAUGUAGAUGCCAAAGAAAAGAUUGCUAGAGAAUUGGCCAAACUCGUGUUCGGGUCUCAAGACAGCUUUGUCUCAAUCUGCUUAAGCAGUUUCUCUUCAACAAGAUCGGAUGCCGCAGAAGAUUUGAGGAACAAGAGGUCGAGAGACGAACAAAGCUGGAGUUACAUAGAAAGGUUCUCUGAAGCUGUAUCGUUUGAUCCAAACAGAGUUUUCUUAGUGGAGGAUAUAGAACAAGCUGACUAUUUGUCUCAAGUGGGUUUCAAGAGAGCUAUCGAGAGAGGAAGAGUUCGUAAUUCAAGUGGUGAAGAAGUUUCGCUUAGAGACGCGAUCGUGAUCUUGAGCUGUGAAAGAUUUAGUUCAAGAUCAAGAGCUUGUUCUCCUCCUGUUAAUAAGAAAUCAGACGGUUCAGAUCAAUCUGAGGCUAAGAACAUUGCUACUUGUGUCGCACUCGAUCUCAACCUAUCUCUUGAUGAUGACGUUUGUGAAGAAGAAUCAUGUGAUGAAAUUGGCUUACUCGAAGCGGUGGAUGCACGGUUUCAUUUCAAGUGUUCAUCAACAUAACAAUCAUGCAUGCAUGCAUGGUCAUUCGCAUUGCAUGGUUUAUCGUCAGCGUUAUUUGUUUCUUCUCUUACGGACUUCUCUUUCAUUGGGCUGGGACAAUACUUUGCGUUAAACGUGUAGUUGUAGUUUUUUUUUUU